AUGGAUCCCUACAGUGGUUUUGUGAAGCGCAUCGCCUUCCGGCGUGUCCGCCAGCUUGCAUCAUUCAUUUUGCUCGUGUUACCAUGCGUCUUCAGGUCUCCGUUUACCUCAUGUGUUGUGGAGGCUGAGUCCCCUCCUCAGUCCUCCUCUGUUGCCGCUGAAGAGGCCAGUGGACCGCCUGUCGAUCAGGCGGAAGGUCAGGAGCUGGCGGCUUUCCAUUUUGACUCUCUGAGAGAAGUCUUCAAAGCCUCCCAGGGCAGGCGCCACAAUGCCGACACUGUCAAGAGGACUCUUUUUCUAGGUCGUCGAACGCUUGACACGGUCGUGCGUCAGGCCUCGAGGCAUCAGGCUAGACAAGACACCGAAGUCACGCAGAACGAGACUCCCCGGAGCCUGUCUUCCCUCCCGUCGUUUUCAAUUACCUCCAUAUCGACCCUGACUCUGGGAGGAAUUGAGCAUCUGCACUUCUUUUGCAGUCUGGAACGAGUGGAAGCGAGCGACGACUCGGCGAUUCAAUGCAGCCCACCGCCACAAGCGUUUCCUGGCUCGCUGAAGGUGGGAUUUAUCUUCCAGUUGGUCUCGAACGCCGCCAACGGUUCAGCUAGUCAGACUCCAGCCGACCAAGCCGGUCCCCCGCUGUGUCGCAUUGUCCACGACUCCAUGCGGGAGGAAUAUCCGUCAUAUCUUGAGUCAGCGAUAGGCAUUUGCAUAGCUUUCGGGUUCGACACGCAGCUGCUUGUGCAUGAGGGCAAUCCGGUUCUGGACUUGUUGCCGAAUUUGUACCCUGAGGGCUUGCUUUCGCUAGGCUUCGAAUCCGUUCCAGCUCGCUAUGUGAAACCUUACCGGUCCCUGUCGUUUGUGGGGAUUAAGCCCGUGCAACCGACGCCCAAGGUCAGACGGACAGAUCGCGGCGAAGCUGAUUUCCUGCCCAACGAAAAGCUCGACCUUCUCUCGUGGCGCGGAGUCGCUGUGAGUCCAAAGAUGUACCGGAAGGCGCUCGCACGCGUCACAGCGGCAAUCGAAAACGCGCUCAUUUCCGACGGCGCAACGAAAAUCCAGGACUGCACCAUUCACGUCGGUAGCCCCGACUCAUAUGCUGCUUUUCUGGAGCGUGUCGACGGAGAGGCAUGCAACCCAGGAAAACCCCUUCUCGGCUGCCUCUCAGCCAUCCGCGCGGCUACCUACACGCAGGAAUCCGAAGACGCCUUGCGGUCUAUGGCGAAGCAGGUCGCUCAACUGACUCCGGGAGUUUCCCUCGGUUCUCUAAACAUGUUGAGCUUUCUGACGGAGCCGAAAACGUGGCGGACACUUCACUCCCUUAUUGGACCGCCGGCUGCGCGGCUCUUCGAGACGCCAUCUCAAACUGCCUGGUACGAGGAGGGCAUGCUGGCGGUGAAACAGCACACGGCAGAGAAGGACGUUUCGCUCGCCCCUUCCUCGGAGACUCUUUUGUCUGAGGCGCUGCGGUUUCCCCUCUGGUUCCUUGACCUCUUUCCGUCAACACAGUACUGGCAGUCCUUGAAGCUAGGCUGCGUGGCGGAAGACCUCGCGUAUCUGCGAGAGAUGGGUAGAGUCUUCAUUCGCCAGAGCCCGCGGCAUUUGGAAUACGCAGGCGUGCCCGACUCAAAGCAGCAGGCCCGGGAGCCCCCUGCGCUUCUGGAGGAAGCGGUGGUCAACUUUGAAGGACAGGAGGGCCUGCGUGAAGAAGCAGAGACAUUCGGCGACAACGACGAAGCAACCGAAUCUAUACUCGCAUCCGCUCAGUUCGUCCUGCCCAAUGGGAAGGCUGUGCGUCCACUGCAGCGCGUUUACGCGUUCGAAGAUCUGAAAGCAAUUUCGAUUGCGAACCCUGCUGAAGCGGCAACUGAUGAUUCAAUCCGAAAGCAGUGGCUAGCUUCGCCCCUUUUCGAUGAACAGGGGGAUAUCCAAGUGACGGGAGUGCCCGCUCGCGACGGCGGCACGUUCGACCUGCGUCUCCUCUGCACGAAGCAUGGGCGCUUCCGCGUGAGCACAGGACUCGUCGGAUGGUUUUCAAAGUACAUCUGCGAGCCUGCCUACGUCCCCAAGCCCAACAGCGAAGUUACUGGGCAGCUGCGCGAAGGCGACAUGCCGGUGAACCGCCUGAUCGGCAUUGAGUUCGAGGAUCGCGCGCCGUGGAGGUGUGGGGUCAGCUUCCUCGGGACAGAGCAGCACAUGAGAGAGACCGCUGUGCACGGUCAGGAUCUUCUGAAGAUCAUGACAGGUCUCUGCUCCUUGUUCGGCUUCAAAACGGGCUGGAUCCUGGACAGUGUGACCGAUUUGUCGACGAAGGAGAAGAUGAAAAUCACGAUGGUCCUCGAGAAGCGCAUUUCCUUCUACGAGAACCAGGGGUUUCUACUCUCCAUCAACACAUUCAAAAGCAGGGAGCAUGCAGACACUUGCAUCGGCUCCGGUGUCGCAGACCCAAACGCGAUUCUCUCUGGGAUAUGUAGGCAGCCGCAGGAUAUCCUCAUUAACCCCGGGUUUGAGGCAAACACAUUCUACACACUGGUGGAACGCACCUAUGAUACGCUCUACAACCUCACUUUCGACUGUACGUCACCGUCGUGGCAGAACUGCGGCGAAGCUUUUCCGCUUUCUGUAAUGGACCCCCGCGGAGAGGGCUGUGCGUUUGAGCGGCAUCCUCUAUUUCAUGAGUUGAAAUUCAUGAAUCCUGAGAAAUGCGAUGUCGGGAGAAGAAUCGGCGGCUGCCAUGAGUUUGUGCGAAAGCACCUAAAAUGCAAUCGCAAGGAGAAAAAGGGAUGCAAGUACCUUAUGUUCCUGCAUACUCAAUUCCUCUAUCCCGGUGGCGACGUCUCGAAGAAGCUACCCGAUGUUAUUCAGGCUCAUUAUGAAGUUGUCGGCAGGGAUAUUCACAAGGAGGCAGGACCCUUGUUGUUCGACGCCAUACGGAAGUCUGCGGAUAACGCUUUGUCCAAAAUACGGCCUGAGGAGCGGGAAGGCGCACCGGAAGUUGGGGAGGAGGACGCGACGCAGGCUAGCAAUGGCGAGGAUGAGGCUGCGGAUAUCGAGAGUGUGAGAGACAUGUUACUUGAGUCCUUGAUUUUCGUUGACUGGACAGCGACUCCUCAGUUCUGGAUUCGGGCCUUGUACGAGUACGACAAAAAAACGGGGGCACGGGUCGACACAGAGGAGAAGAAACUCUUCUGUCCGGUAGCGUACGCCUGGGCCUACAUCACAAGGCUUCACGGCCAACUAUACAGACACGCCAGCGAUUACUUCCACGACAACACCCAAGCAUCCCCCAACGCCAGGGGUGACCAGACGGCGAACGGACAGAACGACAUGCCAUCUCCAUAUUCCACGGGGGAAGCAGGCGAGCCGGAAGAAAGCAGGGGGCUCGAAGCCACCGUCACAGGAGUUGCAGAGGGGCUGAGGCCGAUCGAACAGCAUCAGUUCUGA